GAUGUUUGUGGAAACCGGAAGCUCCGCUGUUGGAAGCAGCGGGUCUUUAGGACUUGCUGCUUUGGACCAUUUUUUUGUGUUUGUCGGGUGAAGGAGGAAGGCAACGUCCUGGGUACCGGUCAACAUGUCGAUCGAAAUCGAAUCGGCGGAUGUUGUCCGUCUGAUCAUGCAGUACUUGAAGGAGAAUAAUUUGCAUCGGACCCUGGCAACUCUACAAGAAGAGACCACAGUGUCUUUGAACACGGUGGACAGUAUUGAGAGCUUUGUAGCAGAUAUAAACAGUGGCCACUGGGACACUGUAUUACAGGCCAUACAGUCACUGAAGUUGCCUGAUAAAACACUUAUUGAUUUGUACGAACAGGUGGUCUUAGAGCUAAUUGAACUUCGUGAGUUGGGUGCAGCUCGAUCUUUGCUUCGACAGACUGACCCCAUGAUUAUGUUAAAACAGACCCAACCAGAGAGAUAUAUUCAUCUGGAGAACCUGUUAGCAAGAUCCUACUUUGAUCCACGUGAGGCUUACCCAGAUGGCAGCAGUAAAGAGAAGCGAAGAGCAGCCAUUGCUCAAGCUCUGGCAGGAGAAGUCAGUGUGGUGCCCCCUUCACGUCUCAUGGCUUUGUUGGGUCAGGCAUUAAAAUGGCAGCAACACCAGGGGCUUCUGCCUCCAGGUAUGACAAUUGACUUGUUCAGAGGUAAAGCAGCUGUGAAAGAUGUAGAAGAGGAGAAAUUCCCAACUCAACUCAGCAGGCACAUCAAGUUUGGUCAAAAGUCCCAUGUAGAGUGUGCUCGGUUCUCACCAGAUGGUCAGUAUCUUGUUACUGGUUCUGUGGAUGGCUUUAUUGAAGUGUGGAACUUCACCACUGGCAAAAUUAGAAAGGAUCUAAAGUACCAAGCACAAGAUAACUUCAUGAUGAUGGAUGAUGCAGUUCUUUGCAUGUGUUUCAGUCGCGAUACUGAAAUGUUGGCAACAGGAGCACAGGAUGGAAAGAUUAAGGUGUGGAAGAUUCAGAGCGGUCAGUGCCUACGGCGAUUUGAACGUGCUCACAGUAAGGGAGUAACCUGCCUCAGCUUCUCCAAAGACAGUAGUCAGAUUCUCAGUGCCUCCUUUGAUCAGACCAUUCGGAUUCAUGGUCUUAAGUCUGGAAAAACACUGAAGGAAUUUAGAGGUCAUACAUCAUUUGUUAAUGAGGUAACAUUUACACAAGAUGGACAUUAUAUUUUGAGUGCAUCAUCGGAUGGUAGUGUAAAGAUCUGGAACGUGAAAACAACAGAGUGUGCAAAUACCUUCAAGUCAUUGGGCAGCUCUGCUGGUACUGAUAUCACAGUGAACAGCGUACACCUGCUGCCAAAGAAUCCUGAACAUUUUGUGGUGUGUAACCGGUCGAAUACAGUAGUCAUUAUGAAUAUGCAGGGCCAGAUUGUGAGGAGCUUUAGCUCUGGUAAAAGAGAGGGAGGUGACUUUGUGUGCUGCUGUCUGUCUCCACGUGGUGAAUGGAUCUAUUGUGUUGGUGAAGACUUUGUGUUGUACUGUUUCAGUACAGUGACUGGAAAGCUGGAAAGAACAUUGACGGUUCAUGAAAAAGAUGUUAUUGGAAUUGCUCAUCAUCCACAUCAGAACUUGAUUGGCACCUACAGUGAAGAUGGUCUUCUUAAACUCUGGAAACCUUGAAGGAAUAGUACUAAUGGUUUUGUUUUUUAAACCUUUAUCUACUGAUAGCUAUAACUCAAAUCUUUCUUUAGAAUAUCCUGUUUUGUGCAAUUUUAAACCACCAUUUUAGUUUCAAAAAACACAUUCCCUACUGCAAGUGUAUAAUGUUUGAUGUAGAUUUGCUGCACCUUUUAAGGCAUGUAAUUAAUGUGCAUAGUAAAAGGUUCUGCAGUGUUUUUGUUGAAGAGCCAAGAUCAUUGUAGAGUUCAACAGCAAGGAGUUUUAAAAUAAAUGCAACAUUUUGAAGGUGA